AUGGGGAGGGUGAGGUGCUACCUUCGUUUCCGAAGGAAGACAGAACAGCAAGGCAUUCCCCGGGUACAACAGUCGCGCAUCCAGCCCUAUGGAGUGUACCUCGGCAUGCUGGGCUGCGUUGUGUUGCCCAUCGCCAACGCCCUCGUGCUGGCAUUUCCGGCACCCACGCCCGACGAAGCUCCGUCGGUUUCCUGGUCUGGGCUGAGACUCGGAAAUGCCAUUCCCGUGUACCUUGGGAUAUGCGCGUUCCUUUUGCUUUACUCUGGUCACCAAGCGCGAGCAGCUCUGAUCCGACGGGCAUCGAAGACGGAGCGCACUCUCACUCACGCACUCAGUGACUACUGCGUACCUUGCCUACCUUGCCUACCUAGCAGUCGGCUUCCCCCAGAACCUGGACGGGUGGGAGAAAAAAUUCCACGCCAUUCCCUUUUCACUCUGGUCGCCAUCACGCAUCCAACCACGGAGCCUUUUCCGGUCACCGUCCCUCUGAACUCGCCCGUUGUCAACGGCGCUGUCUCCGACUCCGUCGCCCCUGAGGAGGAGGAACCGUACACCAUCAAAUGCAUCUGUUCCUAUCAGGACGAUGAUGGUAAUACGGUCUUCUGUGAAGGGUGUGAAACUUGGCAGCACAUUGAAUGCUACUACCAUGGUCGGAACGUGCCAGAAGUUCACAACUGUGUCGAGUGCGAGCCCCGUCCCCUUGACGGUCGGCGCGCCACUGAACGACAGAAGCGCCUCAGAGAACAGAACGACGGUGACCGGAAAGCCAAACGAUCUGGCACAAAGAGUCACAAGAAAAAGCCCAAGGAGCUUGGCGAUCAGGUGAACGGAUUCCAUGCCCGGUCGGAAUUGAGCUCACGGGAACAGCCCCUUGCGAAAAAGUUCAAAACCAACCACCGCUCCUCUGGCUCGGUCAGCUCCGCAUCAGGUGUUCCCAGUUUCCCUGCUGAUGCACGCAAACGCGCCGCACCCUCCAUGAGCCCGACCAAGACAGCAGGGCCUUCCAUUCCACUGUAUUCACAAGAGUUCCUUCAUCUCUACGACCAUGAUCAAGAGUAUGCGAGCAUGGACAGCAAUUUGUUCGUCAACCUGCCUUUCGCGACGGAAUUGGCCAGCUGGGUUUCAGAGCCGGAAGCAAUGGCCCAAAUCUCGAACGGGCGUUCUGCGCAGGACAUAUUUACCUGGUCUGAUGCGCCACUGGACCGAUCACGGUGGCCGACAUUAUCCACUGAAACGAUCACGGACUCGAGUGUUGAAGUCGAGGGACAACAUCCAACGUGGAAAAUCCUCAAGACUCGCGAUCGUGUAGGGAAAGAUGAAAUCGUUGGCGAAAUCACAGGCAAGAUAGGUUUUCUACGGGACUACUGCCUGGACCCCAGUAAUCGAUACCAAGAGCUUCGUCAUCCGCAACCCUUUGUCUUUUUUCACCCUCAACUUCCCCUCUACAUUGACAGUCGACACGAGGGCAGCGUGCUUCGCUACGUACGGCGCUCUUGUCGUCCCAAUGUCACCAUGAAGACCUACAUCACAAACCAAGUCGAGUAUCACUUUUGCUUCGUUGCCAAGGAAGACAUCGCGCCCGAUUCAGAGCUCACUGCUGUGUGGUAUCUAGAUCCGCAGCUCUUUGAAUCGACGAAUGGCCUGGUCAAGCAGGAAUCCAGCGACAACGUGACAGAUUCGGCGGCGAACUGCAUCAGCAAUGUUCUUUCCCACUUUGGUGGGUGUGCCUGUGUCUCUCGGUCGAACUGUCUUUUGGGUAACGUCGAUCGUCGACGCCAUCCGAAGGUGAUGGAUGUGAAUGCGAAACAGGCGAGUGCGAAACGGAAAAAGACAAAGCCCAAGACGAACAUAUCCCCACCUGCAGCCAACAGCCGCGCGGGCAGUGAGACCACCAGGAACUUGGACGAAGACGACCAGGCCGAUAGUCGUUCUGCCUCAGGAUCGGCACGGGACCAGACGCGCAGUCGAGAUCUCACCCCUACGUUGCUGGCCUCGACGGAAGCCCUGCACGGAGAGUCCGAACUCUCUGCCCGAGAAAAGCGCAAGAUCGCUGCGGCGGAGAAGAAGUUCCAGCAACUGGAGCAUGAUCAAGCGUUGCAAAAGAGGAAGAAGCGGGCUAGCGGCCAGUCUUCCCAUGGCACGCGCGAGCGCCAGUCGUACUCCCCUCCUUCUGGUGGCCCCGUCGGCUCGCUGCCUGGAAUGCGUCACGGCUCACCACGCAGGACAUCUGGCGGCCCCAGCACACCUUCAAUACCGUCUCCCUUGACGCGCCUCCACUACGUAGACUCCGCCAUCCAAACAGACUCGGAUGCCGGCGACGGCGCGCUCUCACCUUCUCUAUCGUCCCCUCGACGACCGAGCUUUAUGCCUUUGACUCAGCGUCUCUUGAAACGAUGCUAUUCCGAUCGUGUCAAGCUUGAAAGCAGCCAGUCGCCCGUUUCGCCUCAACCAAUUUUUGUCGGGCAUACCGAUUCGUCGCCGGCAUCGCCGAGUCCGCACGAAGCAGCGCUAACAGCCACACCUCCCAGUGUCUCGGCAGACCACCACGAUGUGGAUAUGCAGGACGUAGGCUCGCCCGUGGAUACCUCACCGUCACGGUCUCACGAUACGCAUCUUGACGCGUCGCCGUUGUCGGGGCGGGGGUCGGUCAAGCCACCCCUGCCGCCUCCUUGGCCGUCCACCGCCGCCCAUAAUGCUCGAAUACCUGAAAAUGCUGAACAUAAACUCCGCCCCGAUCUUCGCGUUCCUCUCCCUCCCGCUACUGCACCGUCACACCCGCCAGCCACCAGUCCAGGGUCGACCGCGCCAUUGACGUUAUCAUCACCCUCCGCCGAGUCGUCCCCACAACCCAGCCUCAACAUACCGUCCACGUCGGUGUCCAGUGUGGCGGGCCCUAGCCCGGUGAAGAAAAAGCUCAGUUUGGGUGACUAUCUCAUCCGGCGAGGCACCCUGGCCACCCCUACAUCGGAGAAAGCUCCGGCGGCGGCCCCCGCGAUGCCUCCACCCCCAUCACUGGUGCCGCCACCGGCUAGCCGUGAUGGCGCGGUUGCAGGACAAACUCAUAGCUCCCAAAUAGAAAGCAAGGCCGCAGGUGGAGCUGCGGGGAACCGAACGGACGAGGGUGGUGGUGGUGGUGGUGGUGGUGCGCGGAACGCCGGCAUGAAAGACGCUUCCGGGGUUGCGACAAGCUCGCACAUCCCGUCGGCGACGUGA